AAAGCCCCCCUCUCUGGCAGCCUUGUUAUUAACCUCCACUCGGGGUCAUCCAGGCUGUUUGGUGUGGUGAAAAUGUCUCCGCUGCUGCUCAGGGCCUUCGUGAACGAGCGGCUCACCGCUGUGGUCGCAGAAAUCUUGGAGGUUUUCGAAGGAGCCAUCGCUAAAUACGAAGAAGAAGCGUCCAGCUCCAAGCAGGAGAUCGAUCGGCUGCGCAGUUUGCUGCUGGAGAAGCAGAAGAAGACAGACUCACCUCAGCCGUCUACCUGUGGAGACAAAUCUCCAUGUGAGCAGGAGUCGAGGCUCCAUCAGGAAACGGGCUGGAAUCCAGAGCUGCAGCACAUCAAGGAGGAAGCUCACGAGCUCUGGGCUGUCGAUCAGGAGGAGCACAAACAGGCAGGGAUAGAUUCGGAUGCUUUAAAUCACCUUCAUGUGUCUGUCGAGGAAGAGCGAGAGCAGGAAGAUACAAAGCCGCCUGGGCAACAUUGGACUCAAAGCUCCGAACCAGAUGGGUUUCAGGAUGUCCAGGAACUUAAAGCCACAGAGGUCAAAACAACUUUUCUCUCAGCCCCAUCAUUCCAAGAUGAAGCUGCUGCCAUUUUCUCCACGGAGCAAACGCAGCUGGGUCAAUCUAGUUUUACCUUUUCUAAAGAAUCCACAGAUUCGUCCCGCUUGAACUCUCCUGGAGCCGACUACCAGUGCUCUCUGUGUUCAGAGUCCUUUCCUUCCAGUCACCUCCUGAUGAGCCACGCUUUCCAAACUCACUCCAGGGACGUCGGAGUCUUGUGCACCGUUUGCGGAGGAACCUUCGAGUCCGCAGAGAGUCUCGACGUGCACCUAAGAUCUCACGAGAAGUCAAAGUGCUGCCCCAUAUGUGGAAAGCUCUUCAAAAGUACAACCUCCCUGAGGGAGCACAUGGAGGCCCACGCGGGACUGAAGCUGCACCGCUGCCACGUCUGCGGCAAAGAGUGCAGACGCAAGGGGGAUCUGAGGAUCCAUUUGAGGAUCCACACGGGCGAGAAACCCUUCUGCUGCUCGCUGUGCUGUAAGAGUUUCACCCACAGCGGGCAUCUAAAGAAGCACAUUAGAAGCCACACCGGAGAGAGACCGCACAGAUGCGGCGUCUGUGGGAGGAGCUUCCUGCAGAGCGCACACCUGAAAUCCCACUUGAGUACCCAUGCUCAGAAAAAGUGACCAGCUCAUAUUUUAUUCAUUUCACUUUAAAAAAAAAAAUCAGACAUGAUGUUUAUAUCUUAUGCUGCUGUGUUUCUACAGAAAGUUGCUAAAAGAUGUAUUUUUAUUUACAGUUUGUUGGUUUUGAAAAAAAAUCCUCAAAAAACUCAUCGGAUCAAAAAACAUUUCAGUUUCACAAUUUAAUAGAGAACAAAAGAAUAGUUGGUUACAUAAUCACCUCCGGCCAUUAAUGGAAUGGAAAGUACUGAGAGAUAAACAAUAAAUAACUUAUUUUAUUAUAUUAUUAUUUAAACAAAUAAUGGAGGUAAUGGAAGAAAGGGUUAGAUGUAGAGUUGUUCUUAUUCUGAUACCAGUAUGGGAAAUGUUUCUGCAAUCCGUAUUGGGGUCCAGAAACCAAUCCAUUUCCAUGUUAUUUAAAAUAGGAAAUAAAAUAGAAAUCUUUUUUUUUUUUGGUUCAGUUCUGACACAGUUCUUCUUCUCUGCUCUUAAUACCUUCAGACAGGUGAAGAGCCGAUCACCUGUCAGAGAUGGAGCUUGCUGCUACUUCUGCUGCUGCUGUGUUCUUUUUUUUUUAUACUCUUGUAAUUUAAAAAUAAAUGGAAUCCGAACAUCUCUAGUUAGAUGCACUAAAAAUAUUAAUACAAAAAAAGUUUUCCAAACAGAAGGUUAGCAAACCCGAUAUAAUGCCAGAUUAUCAAAAAACCAAAUACUGGUAGAGAUCACGAGAAAACAGGGAGCGCGAUAAUCAGUGUCCUCAUAAAGUAAGAGACGAGUCUCUCUCUGAUACAAACAUGUUUCUAUAAUUUUUUUUCUUUUUACUCUUCCAGUCAAACUAACCCUAUUAAAUUAAAGAUAACCUGAGGAAAAUCAAACUGUUUCCUUAAAGGGGAGGUGACUGCAGAAAUCAAAGUGGCCCAACGUUAAAAUGUGAUUCUAUUCUCUUCUAAACUGAUGCGUUGAUGUUUUGCUCCACUCUUCUAGGCAGAACUGUAAUAAUUCUGAGCCUUCGGUUUCAGCAUCAACAUGUUUCAGGUCAUGCAAGUAGUUAUUUCAUGCUAUUUUUAAUGAGUGAAAUAAAUAAAUCUAUUAUUUAAUGAAUUUAAUUUGUCAUUUUAAAUGUAUUUUUUUAUUAUUAUUUAAGGGGGGAAUUUAAAUGUUUUUAUACACUUAACAUUCGAAAUCAUCCUAUAAAUAAAUAUUACAUCUAAUUAUUUCAUAUUUAGUUUAGCCCUGCUUUUUUUUUUGUCUGGCUCCAAACUUCCAGUCGGUACACUCCCCUUUUUCUACUGAGCAGAUUUUCUGGUUCUAACAGUUACAGCAAACAAACUGGAUUGUGAAGAAGAGAAGAAAAAAAGUGGGUUUUUUUUAUUUAACAUUACUGGAAGUAAUUAAGGCUGGGUGUGGCUUGUGAAAUCAGUUCUUGCUUUCCAAACAAUGUGAUUAUUCACAGUACGUUGGAUGUAACUUGAUGCAUGACUGCCUUGUUACGUAGGACCAAACUGGAUCCCUUGGUUUGCCCCUGAAAAAUUAAAUCAUUUCUUUGAAAAAAAA